CCCACAUAUAGAUAUAUUCACAUUCAACAAGUUUUUGGGUGGUUCUUUGGAGAAUUCUCUCUCUCUCUCUCCCUCUCUCUCUCUCUCUGUGUGUGUACGUAUAACAUAUACAUACAAUAUAUUCAAGCAUAUAAUUUGAGAAUGACGAUGAGCAACAACAAUGGAAUGGGCGACACAACGUUGACGAAAGUGUUUGUCGGAGGUUUAGCAUGGGAAACUCCCAGAGAAGCCAUGAAAGAGCACUUUGACAAAUAUGGUGAGAUUUUGGAGGCUGUUAUCAUCUCCGAUAAGGUCACCGGCAGAUCCAAGGGCUAUGGUUUUGUUACUUUUAAGGAUGCCGAGGCGGCUAAAAAAGCCUGUGAUGACGCCACGCCGAUCAUCAACGGCCGUCGUGCCAACUGCAAUCUGGCGGUGCUUGGCGCCCGCCGCCCUAGGUCCUCCUCCUCCACUCCUCCUCCUCCUCAGCAAGGAGUUAAUGUUGGACCAAGGGCUACGUCAACAGCACCUGCGAAUCACGUGCAAUGUUAUUAUCCAGCUGGAGCACCUACACCUCCCAUGUUUUAUCAUCAUCAGCACCAUCAAGCUUUUCCUGUCUAUGGGUAUUCUCCAACAUACAUUGCAACUGACAUGAACUACAAUCAUAAGGUGGGAUACACAGGUGGGACCUACAUGAAUGGGCAUCUCUCUCAAGUAUAUCCGGGUCAGCCCAUGAUGAGCUCAAAUGCAUUGAUGCCCAUGUACCCUCUCCACCAUUUCCAUCACUCACACACAAUGGGCCUUCCAGCCCGCAUUUACUCACCAACCGUAGCUGGCCCAAUCCCUACAGUUCCAGCACUGAUGUCAAAGCCCACAUCUAUUGCUGCUCCUAAUGCAGUUUGCUUGGCUGUGGAAUAAUUAUAGGAUGCAACAGGUGCAUGAAGCUUUAAAAUUUGGCUAGCAAAAGGCAAAGAGAGAGUGGUGGCUGCUCAGAAAAAAUUAUUUAUCAAAUCUGCAGUAGCUUUUGCAUUUUAUUUUUUUGGGGAUCAAUGCUAAUUAGAUUCAUUCAUUACCUAUGUUUAACAUGAAUUAUAACAUUUUCAUGUAAUGGUUUCUCAUAUUUUAUGAGGCUUAAUUGAACUGCAUGAAAUAACGUUGAAUUUUGUUUAAAUUGAGCAUUCAUUUUUCA